AUGUGGAAAGCUAUGAGAGGAGCCUUACCGGUGGGGGAAAAUCUGAGAGCCAGGAAUGUGAACACAGCGGUGAGAUGCCCACAUUGCGGAGACGAAGAGACGACCCUACAUCUCCUUUUCCAGUGCGACUAUGCCCAAGAGGUCUGGAAACUGAUCCCCUGCACAAAUCUACUGAAUCCUCACACCAUACAACAGACAAGAAAGGGAAUGGAAGAAUCGAGGAAAUUAGUAUGUUUACCUCCAACGGGAGUAGGAUCCGGACCAAUAUCACCAUGGGUGCUCUGUUCUCUCUGGAAAAGCCGGAAUAGGAAAGCAUUCAAUGGGACGGAACGACAAUACACACCGGAGGAGACGAUGACGCAGGCAGUGGCUAGUGCAAGAGAAUGGCAAAGGGCACAAUUGAAUGAGGAAGCCAACUGCGCCAGACCGCGAUUGGUAACCAAACCCCCAAUUCGACUAGAAGCAACUCGAUGCAACUCGGACGCGGCAUGGGUGAAGGAGACGAAAAUCGCGGGAUUAGGAUGGGUAUUCACCAACGCAAGAGCAGAUCAGCUAGGCCAUGGAUCCACAUCUGAGUGCUCUGUUCGAUCGGCCCUAAUGGCGGAAGCACUGGCAGUGCUCCGAUCUCUCCAACAAGCCCGAGAAAUUGGGCACAACUACUUAUCAGUCGUUUCAGAUUCACAGAAGUUAAUCGAAGCAAUCAACAGAGGAAAUCCCUCAAAGGAAAUCCAUGGGAUUCACCACGACAUCCUAGAAAUCGCCAGAUCGUUUAGUUCAAUCUCCUUUUACUUUGUUUCGAGAGAUGAAAAUGUGUUAGCAGAUCGGAUCGCAAAAAACGCUUUGGUGACUCACGGUCAGAGACCGAUUUAA